GACAUACGCUCUGUGGUCACGUGACUGCCUGACGGGCUGCAGUUGUCGGCUUGUCGUGUGUUCUGCUCUGGUCCUUCUUGUGUUUGACAUAAACUCUGCCGACCUGUUUAGUCUGGAGCUGGUUUGACAGUGUGAACGCGGGGACUAGAGCGGGAAAGGUGUGGCAGAGAUGAACAGUGAAAACUUCACCCUGAGUGAGAAGAUAGUCUCAGCCUCCUACGUUCGACAGGGAUGUCAGGCACGUCGGAGCCACGAGCAGCUCAUCAGACUCCUACUGGAACAGGGCAAGUGUCCAGAGGAAGGCUGGAGUGAGAGCACCAUCGAGCUCUUCCUGAACGAGCUGGCCGUGAUGGACAGCAAUAACUUUCUUAGUAACUGUGGCGUCGGGGAGAGGGAAGGCCGCGUGGCUUCCAGCCUGGUGGCAAGACGACAUUACAGGUUGAUCCAUGGCAUCGGUCGGUCAGGUGACAUCGCUGCUGUUCAGCCUAAAGCUGCGGGAUCCAGUCUGCUCAACAAGCUCACAAACUCUGUUGUGUUGGACAUCAUAAAGCUCGCAGGUGUGCGGAGCGCAGCAAGCUGCUUUGUAGUUCCCAUGGCAACAGGAAUGAGCCUUACUCUGUGCUUCCUGACCCUUCGUCAUCGGAGGCCCAAGGCUCGUUACAUCAUUUGGCCUCGCAUCGACCAGAAGUCCUGUUUCAAAGCCAUGAUCACAGCAGGUUUCGAACCAGUGGUGGUGGAGAACGUUCUCGAAGGCGACGAGUUGCGCACAGACCUGGAAGCGGUCGAACGCAAGAUCGAGGAGCUCGGAGCGGAGAAUGUCCUGUGUGUUCAUUCAACAACUUCCUGCUUUGCCCCGAGAGUCCCCGACAGGCUUGAGGAGCUGGCCACUAUCUGUGCCAAAUACAGCGUCCCCCACAUAGUCAACAACGCAUACGGUGUACAGUCGUCCAAAUGCAUGCACCUCAUACAACAGGGGGCUCGAGUUGGAAGAAUCGAUGCCUUUGUACAGAGCUUAGACAAGAACUUCAUGGUGCCAGUAGGUGGUGCCAUAAUUGCAGGUUUUGAUGAGGCUUUCAUACAGGAGAUCAGUAGGAUGUACCCAGGUCGAGCAUCAGCCUCGCCCUCCCUUGACGUCCUCAUUACUCUUCUCACACUGGGAGCCAGAGGCUACAGGAAACUUCUGUCAGAAAGAAAAGAAAUGUAUUUGCUCCUGGCUCAGGAGCUGAAGAGUCUGGCCUCUGCACACGGGGAGCGAUUGCUUCACACCCCACAUAACCCCAUUUCGCUGGCCAUGUCUCUGGAUGGUUUGCAGGCUGAGGACGACAAGGCGGUGACACAGCUGGGCUCCAUGUUGUUCACCCGGCAAGUUUCAGGUGCCAGGGUAAUACCACUGGGCAAGGAGCAGGUCGUAAGUGGGCACACGUUCCGUGGCUUCAUGUCACACUCUGAGAAGUAUCCCUGCCCGUACCUCAACGCCGCCUCAGCCGUGGGCAUCACUCGAGAGGACGUGACGCUGUGCAUCAAACGGCUGGACAAGUGCCUGAAAACUCUGAAGAAAGAGUUAAACGCAGCCAAAAGCAGCUCUGCCGUCCCUCCCCCGAGCCAGGAGGACACGACACCACGCGAGACUAAUGCGACACAAGACUGACUCAACAGAUGCAAGAGCUUUUAUUGUAGCACGUAGAAGUCGACCAAUAAUUUCUUUGUGUUCUCUGUGUUUUUGAAUGGCACAGGUUUAAGACUUGAGUUCAGCACCGACAUGUAUGUGGCGAUGAGUUCGCGUAAACAUGUCCAAAACAAACCCAAACGCUGAUGGCACAAUGAAGGUCUGCUAAUGAAUCACUGUCGUAAGGAUAUUAUCAUCUCAGGAGCGAUGUUGCUGAUUUCAAAAUAAACCAAAAUGGCAUUAAUGCCUAAAUUAAUUGUGGAUUUGUGCUUCAAAUAUCCAUUUACAGUGUCCUUAAGACUCCAAUAUGCAGUUAUUAGAUGAAAUGUUCUGUAAACUGUAAUGAAAUUUGCUGUCUGCUUUCCCAGUUGUAGACGCACAAAACCAUCCACUGCCUUCUGUGUAUUGUAACUUGAUACAAGAGCAGUUGGGCCAUUAACUCCAGCUGAACCCGGUGAAUUGGAUUAGCUCAUUUAUUUUCAGGCAUGGUAACAAAUAGCAUGUAACAGAUAAUCGAUGAACACCAAAAAUAGAUCUCUCCCCGUUUCAGCGAAGGAAACGUUCACUACUGCUCUCGGUAAGAACCAAGAACAUGGACUGAAUUACUUUUAACACGUACAAAGAUCAGCCUCCUGUUGUGUGUUGAACGUUUCAUCACAACAGUGUUUUGAUUCUAAUAUUUGUAUUGCAAAUUUUGUUUCAGUCACUUCUUUCAUUAUAAAAUUUCAUAAAUUCUGAAAAUGUUCAGUCAGUAAAAUAUACCAGAAGGUUAGCCCACCAAAUUUAAUAUCGGCUCAGCAGAUGAUUUAAAAAAUUUGAAUAAUUACAUAUAGGCAAAAGUAUGGGAAGGGAAAUCUAGUUUGUUUCGCUCACAUUUGUGUCUAUAUAACAUGUUAACAUCCACAUUAUCACCAGGUGACUACUGUGAGGCGGCGCACAAAUGACUGAAGCAGUUUGAAUAUAUAAGUUAUAGUCUGUGGCAAAUUCAGUAGUUAAGAUUAAAAGAAACUCAUUUUACGUUUUGUAGAAAAAAAAAUUUGCAUUCAUCUGAUGAAUAUAUGAUGUAAUUGCUCAGGACCUCAACAGAAUGCCAGCAACACGUGAAAGAUCCGGCCAAAAUAGUCAAAUUAAGAAUCACCGGUACUCAGAAUAGUCCAAUUAAGAAGUACCAUUACUCAAAAUAGUCACAUUAACGAGUGUCGUUAAACAAAGUAGUCAAAUUAAGCAGUGGUACUGGUACUCAAAAUAAUCAAAGUGAUUAAGAAGUGUUGGCACUGAAAAAUAGUCAAAUUAACACCUGCUAGAAUGUAAAAUUGUCAAAUUAAGGCGUACCAGUACUCAAAAUAGUCAAAUUAACACCUGCUAGAAUGUUAAAUUGUCAAAUUAAGAAGUACCAGUACUCAAAAUAGUCAAAUGAACACCUGCUAGUACGUAAAAUUGUCAAAUUAAGAAGUACCAGUACUCAAAAUAGUCAAAUUAACACCUGCUAGAACAUAAAAUUGUCAAAUUAAGAAGUACCAGUACUCAAAAUAGUCAAAUUAACACCUGCUAGAAUGUAAAAUUGUCAAAUUAAGAAGUACCAGUACUCAAAAUAGUCAAAUUACCACCUGCUAGAAUGUAAAAUUGUCUAAUUAAGAAGUACCAGUACUCAAAAUAGUCAAAUUAACAAGUUCUGGUACUCAAAAUAGUGAAAAGUGAUAAUAUUUAAAACCACUGCACGAUUGAACACUAUUGAGGCAAGAAUAGAUGUUUCUCCCACUUGUGAAUUGAUUUGCUUUGUUCCUCAUUAAGUGACGUAAAAUUUCACAGCACAGGAUCAACUCAGGUCUCCCACAGUAAAACCAAUCUGUUAUAUGUUGACGUCUUAUUCCUGCUGCUCUCUCGUCUCACUCAUGAGGAAGCAGUUCGGGUACAGAAAUAGACGCUCCCACUAAAGCGUCUCUGACUGAUGACUAAUCUAUAUUGUCCCAUUUCCACCUGUGCUCUCCCCCUGACUCGCUGCAGAUUAUCUAGGAUUCAUCGUUGCUGCACCUGCGUCGGGACCAGGUGUUUUUUUCAAACGCAUCAGCGAUAGCAACAGCAGGACCAAUUGGGGCCCGACAGCCUUUGAGGGCGAGCUGGAUCAGAUGGAUCGGGCUGCUGUGUCAGCACUCUCACUGUUCUCAAGCUCAACCAUUGAAGCGUGAGAAUCUAGUGGAAAAACACUGGAGUUCAGUGCUGCACUCUGAAAAUGUCUCUUUGAUUUCUAUUUAACCUGCGCUUCUUUUCUCUCUCUCUCUUUGUUUUCAACUUCUCUCCAUUCUCUCCAUUUGUCAUUGCAUAGACAUGUUGGCAAUAGAUUUGUUAAGGGCUCCUUUACUUCUUUUCUCUCUCUUUUUUCUUUCAGUCUUUAUCGUUCUUUUUCCUCUUACUCCUGAUAUCUUUGUUUCUUUCACUCUUUCUCUCUCUCUGUCUUUCUCUUUUUGUUUCUCAGUAUUCACCUCUUCCUAUCUCCCUUUUACUUUCGCUCUUUCACUCAUGUUCUUUUGCUCAUUCUUUCUUUCGCUCACGCUUCCUUAGUCCUAAUUUCUUUGUCUCCAUCUCUGGUUCUCCUCCUUUCUCUCUUCUGUCUGUCUGUCUGUCUGUCUUGGAUCAUCAUCAUCAGCAGCAGCAGUAGUUGGUUAACCCACUGCCAACAUUUAGGCCACAAAGUAGAGUUUGACUUAUUUAAUUUAGUAAAUGUGUUUUCAAGCUCAGGAUUGUUUUACGGUCUUUGUUUGCUACUGAGAUUUUUAAUGAUAAAUAAACACAGAGAAUAAGA